AUGGUCAGUAGCAAAGGGACACACGCAUCCAUUCUUCUAGCACUCCUCCUCCUUGCCUUAGUCCAGUCUUCCUUAUGUCAGAACUACCACUUCAGCAACGGCUGGUACCCCGGCAAGAAAAGAUCCGCAUCGCCAUCUAGUGCCGUUGGCGACAGCGGUACCAGCAGCACACGAAGCGCCAGCAGCUACGUGGUCCCUUACGAAGACUCCUGUACUCUGUCGCCUGAAGCCGUUAUGAUCAUCAACAGGAUUGUGCUCAACGAGGUUGCUAGGAUGCAGAGAUCGUGCAACUCUGAGGCCUCUACUGGGCUGACAGACAUUUUAGAGAAUGCGGCCGGCAAGCUAGAACCUGAUGGGAAAUGGUGA